AGCUGGGAGGAAAAGAUGUUUGGCUUUCACAAACCGAAGAUGUACCGGAGUAUAGAGGGCUGCUGUAUUUGCAGAGCUAAGUCUUCCAGCUCUCGUUUCACUGACAGCAAACGUUAUGAAAAGGAUUUCCAGAAUUGUUUUGGGCUCCAUGAGGCUCGCUCAGGAGAUAUUUGCAAUGCCUGUGUUCUUUUGGUGAAAAGAUGGAAAAAAUUACCAGCAGGAUCAAAAAAAAACUGGAAUCACGUGGUAGAUGCCAGGGCUGGACCCAGCCUUAAAACAACAUUGAAACCAAAGAAAAUGAAAACUCUGUCUGGAAGCAGAAUAAAGAGCAAUCAAAUCAGCAAACUGCAAAAGGAAUUCAAGCGGCACAAUUCUGAUGCCCACAGCACGACUUCAAGUGCCUCCCCAGCUCAGUCUCCCUGUUACAGUAACCAGUCGGACGAUGGCUCUGACACAGAGCUGAGUGCUGGAGCCAGCAGAACACCAGUGUUCUCCUUCCUAGAUCUCACUUACUGGAAAAGGCAAAAGGUCUGCUGUGGAAUUAUUUACAAAGGGCGUUUUGGAGAAGUCCUCAUAGACACUCAUCUCUUCAAACCUUGUUGUAGCAAUAAAAAGUCUGCCACUGAAAAGCCAGAACAAGAAGGACCCCAAUCUCCAGCAAUCUCCACCCAAGAGGAGUGGUGACUUCCUUGGGUAGCUGCAGAAGGUUAUACAGAUUCUCUUAUUCUCUGGAAAAAUACUAGAAAAGUGACUGUUCACUUUGGACACCUGCUAUGCUGCCAAAAGACUAUUCCCUAGAACUGUUUUGGGUUUUACUGCUACAAUUCCACAAACUCAGAAGCCAGUUUGUAUCCUUUCAGAAAGACUGUACAUAAUAUUUAAGAUGCUAUGGAACACUUGGCAAAGCUGAAUGCUGCUGCAAGGUUGUCAAAUUUUUCCCCACACUCACUUCUCAAGUGAAUAUGAGGAUGGGGUUUGUAUAUUAAAGUAUAUGUAGUUCAUGUUUCUCUAUUGAAAGAAGCAGUGGUUGUAAGGCUUUUGUUGUUGUUUUUUUCUUUCUUUAAAAGUUGGUUGGCAAAUUCCCUAAAUUCCCCAAAAAAUAUUUCAUUCUUAGACAUGUAUGAGUCAAUAAGAUUAACUAAUACAUAGAAAUGUUGUAAGUCACCUCUCUAGUUAUAUACAUAUAUAUUUUUUAAGGUGUGGCAAUUUCACCCUAUACUACUGACAACAAAGACACUUAUUUCAUCCCUCCCAAGUGACACAGACUGGUAAUCUGCAGACAUCUCUACUUCAAGUGGUAGCUAACUGAGAAGGCCUCCAGCACAAAAGUGCUCUUGAGAAAGGGUGGGAGAGCUCUCUACCUUAGCUAAAGAUUGAUUUGCCUAAGAACUGAACACAGAAAAAUGGGAGGUUAUUUUGUUUUAAGCCAGCAGCAGCCACCCUGGGUUUGGUGUAGUAACUCCUGGUGUCUGGAGAUGGACCAAGAAACAUCUUAAUGCCCAAGUCAUGUGUAGAUGACAGCCAAAACUGAGUAACUGCUCUCUGUUGGUCCAGUGCAGCUGAAAUGUGACCACAAACAAGACUCCUCCUGGUUUUGGAUCUGACAAAGAAGCAAAUCCCUUGCUAAGGAAAUCAGGCUCCAAUCCAGGGACAUAAUCUGGUUGCAGCCUGGGGUCUAAAUUCAAUUGAAACCUUCCCCUGCAGUGCUUCUCUGUGUUUGGGUUUUGCAGGGUUUUUUUUCCCCGUUUGUUUGUUUAAGCAACUGCUAGAUCAACACUUUUGUGAAUAUUGAAUCUGAAAAGUUCUGCUAAGAAUGGUGUUGUGCUGUAUCAAGGCAGCAGCUCUGUUUGCAUACGCAAUCAAAGGAAAAUACUUUCUACACAGAUUCCCAGACAAGCUCAUGUGCAAAUUGUUGUGACACGUGUUCAAACUCUACUUUGCCUGUGGGGUGGAAGCAGCCUCAUGGAAGGUUAUGCUGCAGUUCGAGCUCCCAGUUGCUUCACGUUCCUUUUAUGAAGGUUUUACUUGUAUGAGUUGGGAAUUCUGCUUUUCGUUUGGUUGGUUUUAGGCGGAGGGAGGAUUUUUUUUUU